AUGUCUCCUGCAGCAUCAGGAUCAGGAACGGUGACGAAGCGGAAACGUCCAUACGGUCAAUCCUGCCUGGCAUGUCGCGAGAAGAAGACCAGCUGUGAUGGACAGAGACCGAUCUGCGGUGGGUGCCAGAUCAGCGGAGAAGAGUGCAGUGUCCCUCCCCCUCAGCGAACUUUGCGGAGAUUUCCCGGACCCACAGAUGGGACAUCAGGUAGCGCGGAGGACGUCACCUAUCUGAUGGACAAGAUCAAGCGCAUGGAAUCUCGCCAAAGGAGGCUGGAGGAGGCGUUGGGCGUGGACAUGCAGUCCAGAGCUGCAUCACCGGAUGCCAGCGGGGCUGGUGGGGAUGCGGCGAUGGAUGCGGAGGGGGCGAGAUAUCGCCUGACGGUGGAUGAGGGGGGUAAUGUGAUGUACCACGGUCUUACCGGCUGGAUACAGGACGACGCUCAUGUCGACUCCAAAGAGGACGUCGCCCCGGUAGCCAGUCCGGGCCUCACCAAUCCGGCCUUCGCUCCCUUCUUCAGCGCCCUCGCAACGCACAAACACAUUUCUGUCGCUCCCGAGCUUGGCGAUGCUCUCGUCAACUGCUAUUUCUCCUACCAAGUCUUCGAGAUCAUCCAGCAAUCCCUCUUCGUCCGCGAUAUGGUUCUCGGCGGACCAUACUACUCGGAGCUGCUGCUCAUGGCCAUUUACGCCGCCGCGACGCGCAAAAUCGAUGGGCUCGGGAUAGAGGAGAGGAAGGUGCAAAGGGAGCUGUUCGAGAAGCUGGCCAAGGAGUAUCUUGCGAAGGAGAUGGAUGGGAUGUCAAAGAUCCCGACGAUCCAGGGGUUGAUGCUGCUUAGUAGCAAUGCUCUAGCGGAGGGAGAUCUCAGCCACGGGUGGAACUAUGCUGGAAUGGCUUUCCGGAUGAUCCUAGAUCUCGGUAUCCAUCUCGCCCCCGACAAGGUUGCUGGUUCAGCGCGAUUGUCUCCAGAAGAGCUAGUCACACGAGACAAGCUAUUCUGGUCCGCUUUCGUUUGGGACAAAUCUAUCUCCCUUGCGCUCGGCAGAGAACCCACCUUUCCCCCUCGACUCGGUCGCGACCCAUCUACCAUACCGGACUUUGACGAUGAGCAGGAAGUUUGGACCCCCUACUACCUCAACCCGAUCAACCGGCCUUUCCAGCUUGGAAAUUAUAGCUGGCAGCCGAAGCGCCGUGUCGCAACAUUCAAGCUACUUGCAAAGCUGUGCUUGAUCCUCCAUGAUAUCAUUGUCGAGCUAUACAGUAUCGAAUCGAGAUUGACCUCUCUCCAGCGCGUUGGCUUUGUUGCGCGGACCAGGCUUCGCUUGGAGGAGCUAUGGCGCACAGUCCCCGACACCAUGAAGCACAGUCCAGGCGGUCUUGCUCCUCCACCCUACCUCUUUAUAAUGCUCUACCACGCUUCCUACAUCCUUCUGCAUCGACCAGUCUUCGACUCUUCCGAAAUCCUCAAUGCAGCCGGCCACGUCUCAACUUGCCUCGAGCAUUCGGCAAUGGCCAAUAUGCUUGCAGUCAGCUUUACCAGCACCUUCGGCGAGCGCAUGACCUACGUCGCCAUGUACUCGAGCUUUGUUGCAGCGAGCUUUGACAUCUCCGUGCUCGAUUCGCACAAGAUGGGCGUCCAGAUGGCUGCAUUGACAAGGCUACAGACGUGGCUGAAUCUGAUGGACACUAGCGGAAACAGAGUACCGAGCAUCGUCAGAUCCGUCAACAAUAUCGCCACCUCGCUCUGCACCGCCAUCACAAGGCAUCCUACCUUGUCGAGCUCAGAGCCGGGACGGUGGAUCCUCAUGCGCCACUCUACUCAAGCCGUCAACAACUUGCCGCCGCUGCCGGACUGGGGAGGGCUCGGGACGGACGCGUUUGACUUUUUCGAUCUUCUUGGUCCAGCUUAG